UCUCCGAAUGCGGGCGCAUGUCAAUCACCGGGCUCUCAUGUGAUGGCUCUUGCCGGUGACGUGCCAGCCAUAUGGGCGCUGGCAUCACAGCCUUAGCUGGUAUGUAACCCCGUCCCCGGUAGCUCACGGUUGCCACACGCGCGUGCGCACACACACAUACACACACAUACACACACUUACACAUGCAUGCAUACAUGUACCUACUCACUCACUAAACACACUGACACGCCAAGACGCACGUUCGUUCACAAGCUCCGCUCAUUUGAGUGCGCGCGCUGGGAGAGGAGCACCCCUGAACAACCCGUGAGCGCCAGUGAAAGAAAGCCGCGCGCUGCUUGCAUCCAUACACUGACAGGGAGCGUUGGUUCGCUCUCCCGUGUGGUCCCUGAAGAUGGUCUGAAACCCGAGCGCGUUUUUUUUUUUUCGCCCAUCUCCUUUCAAGAGCUCGUGCCGAGGUAAGUUGGAACAUAAACAACAAUAGAGGAAAAAAUGUGAAUGUUGAGAUGCCCGUCCAAAAUGGAGGAGAAAAUUAAUCCAAUUAACAAAUGAGCACAUCAGGAAAGGCAGCCUAUUCUAACGCGUUUUACAUAGUUUUAUUGUAAUGCCAAGAACCAAUUCCAGUCACCUUUUGCGCACAGUUUGGAAGGUAAAAGGCCGACUAUUGACACAACUUCUAUAUCCUGUCGACUUGUCGCAAAUGUGUGGGACUUUGUUUUGUCUUUUUUUUUUUUUUGUUAUUGAUCCACGUGCCUUCAGUCGGCUUAAAUCAGAUACUGCCACACCUAAUAGAAAAAUAUCUGAUUUGGAUCUAGAAGGGCUUAUGUUUAAAAUGUCUUAAAUUUCCAUAUGAGCGCGCUUUGCACAAAUUCGUUCUCACUCCUCCGCUCUUCCUCGACGUGCCCUUCAACUUUUGACAUCCAAAUCAACCCGGAUUAUAAGAGCCAAGAUCAAAUGCCGAGCUCGACCCAAAAGGCAAGCGACUCCAGGUCCAGAUUUCUUCGCCUUAUAGGAUCAUUUCCAAGGAGAGGUGUUGAGGGAAGCUGCAAAUAGAUAACAUCGGACACUAAUUUGAUUUAGAGAUUCCUGCGUCUGGACCGAGAAUCAGAGAAACAAAAGACGAGGAGGAUGGAGGACCAGAAUUUCUGCACUGUAUUUUGGUAUCAGUCCGGUUGUCUGAGCGAAGGACAUCCUCGAGCUGAACGGGAGAUUUAUUGAUGAAUUUGUCGAUGAUUUUCACGUUCAAUCUCAGUGCAAAUGAAAGGGUGGGACAACGCCAUUGAUGUGACAAGCAAUGUGCACUAUGAUUUAUCUCUGAUUGUCUAGUUUUAUCUCCACCGAUCUGUCUCCUCAUAACAUUGUUUUAAGGGCACAGUCGUUGCUUCCAGGGUUUGCCGUGCAUGUUUGGAGAGCCCGAUUGUUUGUAGAAAAAUGUUUUUAUAUUUAACGAGGGCUAAAAGGGAUACAAGUGAUUUCCAUCUGUAAAGGGUUAUUGCAAAGUGCUCUGAAAUCAGGCACUCGUGCAUACUGAAUAAUGUGUGAAAUCUAUUUCGUGUUAGCUGCAUGCUCUGUUAAUUAAACGUUGUUGUGUUUUUUUCGUCUAAUUGAGCAAACCUCCUGAGCCUGAGAUUUAAAAACUAGAUUUUGCCCCUGGCACACCCCCCGAGAUAAUUAACCAACCAUCACAGCCUACCUUACGCUGGGCUGCAAGUCAUUCUGCUGCUGCUGCACUAUAAUAAUAGAACAUGUUAGGGAGGAAGCCAAUGGAGGCUUAUUCAAGCUGUCAAAGAUCACAUCGUCACAGUUUUUGUGGGAUGGAACUGCACUUACUAAUGAAGUGGUAGGAUGAUAAAUUUGUUUCUUUUUCUUUUUUUUUUUCAAAGACAGAUUAAUGAUCGUGAUUGUUUGGUAAUAAAUCUGAACAGUUAUGUCUUUCAUAUCUGUUCGUCUUAACUGAUCCUGGACUAAUUUGACAUUUAUGAAUAAAUUCUAGGAGCAUUUUUGCCUGACAAUUUGUGAUGAUUUACAAUUUAAGUUUUAAAUCUAAAACAGACCUUACAUUAAUUACUGUUCAGUUUUUAGAGGGUAUAAGCCGAAGUACAAGUGCCAUGGUGUUAAAUGCGCUCAUAUCCGUUUUACAGCCUGAGUAAGGGUUUGUCUGUGAACCUUAAUUUAAUAAUCAAGGUGGCUGUAAACGGGGCUAGAGCCGAUCAAUUAAAUAAAAUCCCUUUUGCCUCCUCUGAGGAGAGGUGAGUGCUGGGGACGAAUAGUGCUGGAAUGCAGCCAGGAGUGUAUAUAGGCGCCAGGAGGAGUGAAAGUGGGGGGCCCCACGGGACCUGUAAUGUGGCCCCUGCCGCUGGGACCUGCUGUGAGAGGACGCGCCAGGGCACACGGCUGACAGCAGGGAAUUAAAUGGGGAUCCGUCUGGCUGCAGCUCAGAGCGACGCUUUUUAAGAGCCGAUUUCCUUCAUUUAUAUUUGCCACAAAUGCGCACGACUUGUUCAUCCGAUAUUUUUAAUCAAAACCACGAUAAUGUUUGUGAUUUUAUUGGCAUCUCUCCUUGAAAUCGAUGCAUAGGCAAUAAAUAUUCGAUAAUACCCGUAAAGGCCUUCAAUGUUCUGAUAUUUAUUGCUACUUGUGUAGUUUUAUCUUAAUCCUUCCUGCUUUGAGACAUUUGAAGACAUUCUUCUGUCAAUAAAUCCAAAAACAUAUGUUAUCACUUUCGCUUUUUGGGGCCUUAUUUUCGAUUUUUCUUCCCCUAUUCUCUAGAGCCACCAUGUUGACGAGGCUUUUCAGUGACCCCUCGCUCCUUCCCGAUGUGCAGAAAUACACCGGCUGGGCGGACGACAGCGAGGAAGAGGACAAGAUAAAAAAUGAGGACCAAGACACACAGGACGGCAUGGAAGAUUCUGAUCUGAGGGGAGGCAGCAGGACGCAAUCGGAGCACGCAGGAGAGGACGACGAUGAAGACGAGGUGGAGGAAGAGGAUGACGGAGAGGAUACAGAGGGUGAUAGGCCCAAGAAAAGGGGUCCAAAGAAGCGCAAAAUGACCCAGGCCCGGAUCGAGCGCUCCAGGAUGCGGCGGGUGAAGGCCAACGCACGGGAACGAACCCGCAUGCACGACCUAAACUCUGCGCUCGACAAUCUGCGUAAAGUGGUGCCCUGUUACUCCAAAACACAAAAACUCUCCAAAAUUGAGACACUGCGGUUGGCUAAAAACUAUAUCUGGGCCCUUUCGGAGAUAUUACGCUCCGGGAAAAGGCCUGAUCUUGUGUCCUACGUCCAGACGCUUUGCAAGGGACUCUCCCAGCCCACGACCAAUCUCGUGGCGGGAUGCCUGCAGCUGAACUCCCGUAACUUCCUAACCGAGCAGCAGUGUCAGGAAGGAGGGAGGUACGGCUCCGGCUCCUUCUCAAUGCAUUCCUAUCCCUAUCAGUGCGCGCGUCUCUCCAGUCCCCACUGCCAGCCGGGCUCGAACUCGCAUCCUCUGAGAACGCACGGCUACUGCUCAGCCUACGACUCCCUGUAUGGAGGGAGCGGAUCCCCGGAGUAUAACAGCCCAGAGUACGAGGGGCCCCUCAGUCCGCCUCUCUGCAUCAAUGGGAACUUUUCCCUCAAGCACCAAGGCUCUGCGUCCCCCGACAACGAGAAGGGGUACCACUACUCUAUGCAUUACUCCGGCCUGCCAGGCUCCAGAGCCAGCGGGGCCCACAACCUUGUGUUUGGCUCCUCGGGGUCCCGGAGCGGCAUUCACUCUGAAAACGUCCUGCCUUACCACGACAUGCACUUACACCACGAACGGGCCCCUGUGUACGACGAACUCAACGCGUUUUUUCACAAUUAAUCAGAAGCCUUAUGUGCGUCUCCUGCAAUCAACGAUCCAACACGGAACACUUUGACAAGCUGACAUCCUGCAGAGACGUUUCACACUCGUUGUCAUCAGUGUUUUUUCUUUCAUCUAUACUCCGUGUCCAAAUUUGGUUUAGCGAUAUAGUCAGCGAUGCAGUGGAGGACAAUCCACUGACAUCGUGUUCCCAGCAAAUUUUGCCUGCUUUUCGUGGUCAAAUAAAGCUGUAAGAGAAAAUCAGACCAACAGACGAAUUUAACAUUAUCACUGAUUUUGAAUAGUUUUGGUAUUGGUCGGUAUCCGCAUUUUAAGACUGGGUUUAAACGUUGACCCACCUUCUAUUAACCACUACACCCCUGAUAUCAGCUCCACUUAAAUAUUAGCUUUGGUUAAAAAAAAUGUGAAAAAAGGAAAUAAAGAAAUUAAUAAACAAUCUAAGGAAAAUCACUUAUACUCCCUUAAAGAUUUGGGAGGUUUUUGGAAAUGAUGCAAUCUUAAAGAAAUGAAGAGUAAGAGGCUGGACUAUAAACGUGCUCGUUGGGUUGUUCUAGAAGAAUCUGUUCUCCGGCAAAUCAAUCGUCUCGCAUCUAUGCAAAACCCAACGAGAGAGCAGCGCGAGGCAACAAGGCCCGAAAGACUUUCAUCAGCUCUGUGGCUGCACGCACGGCUGCGCGCGCAUACACACACAAACACACACACACUCAUUCUCUCUCUCUCUCUCUCUCGCUCUCUCUCUCUCUCUCUCUCUUCCUCUCUCUCUCUCUCUUCCUCUCUCUCACACACACACUGAAUUUUUUGGAACCAACAUCCAACGAAUCCGACGAUUGCUAGGCUGCCAAAAUGGUUUAAUUUCCCCCCAAAAUAAUCAAAACAAAAUAAAAUCAGAGAUAAUUCUCAUGUUUCCUUUUUUUAUCAAUUCAUCUUUUUCCUCUAAUUGAGCCACUGCACUGUAUUUUAUUUCGAAAUGGAUUUUAAUUUCAAAUUUCGUUUUGAUUUUUGGUUUUAUUAUCCUCACUUUGAUGAUUAUUAUCAUUGCACGUAUUUAUUGUGUUUCUUUUUUUGUAUUCAAUGUUAAUAGUCAAUGGAAAUGAAGGGAUCCCACGUGUUGCUGAGCAUUUUUUUCAUAUGACUUAAGUCUUUCAACUUUGUAUUCAACCAACUGUGUUGUAAAAUAAAAUGAUAAUGACUAAGA